ACGCCGCAGCCGGGUAGCCGCACAAUUAGGUUUUUCAAUUCAACUUAGUGGCUGGUGACCUCCGAGCUCCGACCCAAAUUAGCAGCGGAGAGAGUAGAGGUUUAGGGUUUAAGGCCAGGCCAACAGUGACGGAGCGGAACAGCAAAGCUAAGAUAGGGAGAGAGAGAGAUGGUGAGGCUGACUGCCGACUUGGUAUGGAAGAGCCCUCACUUCUUCAAUGCUCUUAAGGAGAGAGAGUUGGAUCUCCGAGGUAAUAAGAUUGCUGUAAUUGAAAACUUGGGAGCGACAGAGGACCAAUUUGACACCAUUGAUUUGUCUGACAAUGAAAUCGUCAAGCUCGAAAACAUGCCCUAUCUUAAUCGUUUGGGUACUUUGAUUAUUAAUAACAACCGAAUCACCCGUAUCAAUCCCAACAUUGGAGAGUUCUUGCCGAAGUUACACACCUUGGUGCUUACCAACAACAGGCUAGUCAACCUGGUAGAGAUCGACCCUCUCGCAUCCCUCCCAAAGUUGCAGUACCUUAGCCUUUUGGAUAACAACAUCACCAAGAAGCCCAACUAUAGGCUGUACUUGAUUCAUAAGUUAAAAUCGCUUCGGGUUCUUGAUUUUAAGAAGGUGAAAAACAAGGAGAGACUGGAAGCACAAACUUUGUUUUCAUCUAAAGAGGUUGAAGAAGAGACUAGAAAGGUAUCUCCCCAAAAAUUCGUGCCUGCAGAGGUUCCAGAAGUUUCCCAGGAACAACAGGCUCCAAAAGUUGUUGCCCCCACUCCUGAACAAAUUAUGAAAAUCAAGGCUGCCAUAGUGAAUUCCUCGACUCUUGAAGAGGUUGCUAGACUUGAAAAGGCACUGAAGUCGGGUCAGCUUCCUGCAGAUUUGGAAAUUUUUGAUGAUGAUGCUGAGCCCAAUAGUGUUGAAGAAAAGGAUGAUAAAAUGGACACAAAUACUGAAAAUGAGGCUAGUACUGAACCAAAAGAUGUGGAGGAGCAGAAGAACGAUGAAGCUGAACUGAUGGAACAGGAGUAGGAGAAUCCAAAUAUAUCCCGGCAUCGUAAAGCUUGUCCGAUUCGAACCCCUUGGCUGCGCCUGGAAAAGUUAUUGAUUCGGAAAUUCUGCUACUCCUUGAACUCUGUUCAAUAUACGAGAGAACAAGGGGAUUAUGCCUGUGUAAGAACAAUUUAUUUUUGCCUGAUUAAUUAACACUAAUCUUUUCCCUUUCUAACAUGCUUUUGGGAGAGUUGGAAGGGUUCAUAUCUGUAUUAUGUUGAUACAAAGUUUGUGUCAAAUUUCAUAUAUUCGUGUUGUUUGAGUUACAAAAUAACAAAAGCCGUUGACCACUGCACAA